AGUAAAGAUCGAACCGCCAACGAAACGACCGCAAACAUGAAGUUUUUGUGCAGUGUGCUAAUCCUCGCCAGCGUUUUGGCCGCCAACGCCAAGCCCAACGUGCAGCUGCAGGUACAAAGUGCUUUGGAUCAGUAUCUGGUGCAUGCCCGUAACUUGGAUGUUGCCAGCGCUUCUGCGGAUGUUACAACCCAGUGCUUCAACCUCUACUUGCCCAUGUUGAACGAAGUGGCAGCCACCUUCUCGUCUUCUUACCAGGCUUGCAUCACCACCGCUAAUGCCGAGACCGCCAAUCUUACUGCCGAGGCUGAUAAGCAGCAGAAGAUCUACCAGACGGAUGUCACCAACCUCUGCAGCGCCUUCACCACCUGCAACAGUGAUAACGACACCACCAGCUUCUUCAACUGCUACGCUAAUGCGGCCGAGAGUGAUGUCUCCGUGAUCUACGACAUCGCCACCAAUGCUGCCAGUUCUGCCAGCUCCUUGAGCAUGGGCAUCAAGGCUAUCCAGGACACCGAGUACCAGUGCACCAAUACCUCGGAGAGCAACUACGUCCGCGAUACCGCCGCCACCUACGAUCUGUUGGAUAGCUGCCUGAAGUACGGAGUUCCAACCACAUCCGCCGCCCCCUCCACAACUAGCCCCGUUGCUAGCACGAGCGGGGCUAUUGUCACUGAUAGCAGCACUGUUAUUGCAUCGUCCACAGCGGCUCCUGUGACGACUGCUGCUCCGGGAACUACUCCUGCUGUGACCACUCCAGCUCCCGGAACUACUCCUGUUACGGAAACCUCUGCCGCUCCUGGCACUCCGGCAUCUUCUUAAGCCACAAAUAUGAGCAAUUGCAAGCAAUAAAUGAGCAUUUCAAAAACAUUAA